UUGACAGACUGAUCAUCUGUUAGUACGCCAAUCGUAGGCAGACACGAAAGGGGGUCUUUGACCUUUGCUUGGUGUGUGCACUGUCGUCCCUUUGUCUGUGUGUGUUUGUCGAUUGGCAGCUGCCUUGAUUCAUCCACCAUCCACGCAUCUGGAACGGCAUCUGCCUUGAUCCUUUGAUUGCGCCGCUGUGACUGAGAAUGGGCACUAAGGGUGUUGCGGGUUUUCGGUGGCGCGGCCGCACCAUAACGGUCUACAACUGCUUUGACAGCUACCCGUCUGGCCUGGGGGUUGCGGUGCUGCUGCAGCUCCUGUGGGAAAUGAUGAGGGACCCUGACCUCACACGCUGGAAGGAGCAGAUCGACAGGCUCGAGAAGGUCGAAAUUCCCGACCUCUGGCAGGCAAGCUCGACAGACAGACAGAUCAUGGGAUAGAUGGGAUGUGUGUGGUUGUUUCGUUGACCUUGCCGUCUGUGUGUGUGUGUCUGUGUGUGGUUCCGUGUGUGUGUGUGUGUCUGCGCAGCUGCAGCGCAACCACAACGGGCUGCAGCUGCCGAGAGUGUUGGACAUGGGCAUGUACUGCCACGAGGAGCCGCUCACUGCAUGCGACCUCUUCAGACACGUCCGCUCACACACACACACACACACCUCUCUUCCAUCUACCUCUGCGUGUGUGUGUGUGUGUGUGGAUCAUCAGUAUGGUUACUGGAUAGACUUGGACAAGAAUCGCCUGAUCUUUGCCACCAUGCGCGAGAACGACACUGGAGGCACCGAGUACGACGGCGGCACCUACAGCUACAUCCCAUUCGACACCCUCCCCAAAGGCGAGCCCAAGAAGACCGACCUGGAAAGACUGUUCGAACAGCCCAACCUGAAGCCGAUGCCCCGGAGUGACAUCCUGGAGCUGUAUGGCGUCGAUUGAGACCGACGGGGAUGCGGAGGACGACAGUGACUGAAUGACUGACUCAAUGAAUGAAUGAGCGGG